AUGUCAACAUCAGCUGCCUUCGCCAUAACAGUCGUUUUUUUGAUAAUAACCUCUGUUAAUAUCAUAGGAAACUCUUUGGUUUGCUGGAUCAUAAAGAAAAAUCGUGAUAUGAGAACUCCCAUAAAUUAUCUUAUUGUUAAUCUGGCGAUAUCAGACAUCAUGUACGCGGUGUUCAUGAUACCCAAAAAUAUCAUGACGCUAACUGGUGCCAUCCAUCCAGACGGUAUGAUCGGUCUAUGUUUAUGCAAAUUUGUUACAAAUGGAAACAUUGCAUGGAUUGGAGGAGUGUCUUCGAUAAUCACACUGGUCGCUGUCGCAUUUGAACGAUAUUAUGCUGUUGUUUAUCCCUUCAAUAGCGAAAGAAACGUCACUACACAAAAACUUAGGGUGAUUAUCCCUUGUGCUUGGCUUUUUUCGACGUUAUUCAUCUCGCCACUCUUUUUCAUAAUUGAGGAAGAAGGACGAUCUUGUGUGCGAAGCUGGCCCAAGAAGUGGAUGUCAAAAGCGUACAACUUCGCAUGGUCCACCUUGGUGUUUGUUUCCUUGUUGGUGAUGAUCGUGCUAUACUCCAGGGUUAUUUACGCAUUGUGCUCCAAUACUACCGAUGGCAACGAAGCCACCCGCCAACAGCAAGGUGUGAUGAGAGUUCGUAAGCGGGUCACCUUGAUGGUCAUCAUCGUCAGUGUCAUCUUUGGAAUCUGUUGGGCAACACUACAAGUUUGUUUUACCUUAAUGGAUGUUGCUUCCGUAUCCAUCGGCCCUCUUCCCUUUGACGUAGCUUUCACCAUGGUCCUGAUCAACUCUGCUAUUAAUCCUUUUGUUUAUGCCUUGCUAAACCAGCAGUUCAAGGAGAAGAUGAAGGGCAUGAUCUGUGGCAACCAUUCAUUGUCCAGGAUUCAGCCCUCGAAUGAAAUAGAGGGAAAAGUAAAUACUGACAACACCACUAACACGAGCAAAACAAGCGAAUCCAAAUUCAAAGACUGA